AUGCAUUUUUUAGGGUCUGCGGGGUGGCUUCAGCGGCGGGCGGGUGGGUCGUCGGGAUAUGACGUUCGAUUUAAAGGGUGGGCUCGUGCAGGGGGCUGCAGGGCUGUUAACGGGCGCCGCGCGCCUGCGCACAGUGCGCGUCCCUUGCCGCCGCCCGUUUCCGUGCGAGCGAUGACAGUUCGCUCGGACUUACUUCCUCGAUACCGCGUGUCCGCGGCGUUGAUCCAGGGCCCCAUUGCCCCGCGCCUGGCGCCUGGCCAAAGCCCCGUUCGAGACGCCGAUGGGUAUCUGAAUUUCACGGCAGGUAUCCGAGGAGGCCCGGGCAUGGACACUCAGCAGCAACAAUAUUGCCUGAAAUGGAACAGCUUCGGCUCCAACUUGGCAACCUCAUUCGCAAACCUCUGGAAUUCGGAGAGUUUAGCCGACGUCACACUCUACUGCGAGGGUCGGCAGUUCAAAGCCCACAAGGUGAUACUAGCGGCUUGCAGCAAACACUUCCAGGAGCUCUUUGAUUCCGCCCCGCCCAGCCAUGCAGGCGCUUGUUACGUCAUCCUCGAAGCGACCACGGCUGAUAACAUGCAGGCCCUCUUGGAGUUCAUGUACAAGGGUGAAGUGCAUGUCAGCCAGGAUGCACUCUCCAGCUUUCUCAAGAGCGGGGAGAAUUUACAAGUUAAGGGCUUGUCCAUGGAAAUGUCUCAAGACGCAUGGAUGAAGCACCAAACCCAACAAGUGUCCAGCGAUCGUGUCCAAACUCGUAUAAAGACAAGUCCAGUCUCUGGGUCUGGUAAUUGCGAAGUCCAAGAAUCUACGCCGGCGCCGACCCACCCCACUACAUUUGCCCCAAUCAUGCCACCGUAUGGAAUGUCUAUGCACGGAAAUACCGGGGGUAUGGGGCGGUACGCCCCACAAGCCCACUUGCCUCUGCAUUCUUCGUCUCAUCGACGGCCGCCACCCCCGAAGCCGUCGCCGUCUCAGAGUCCCCUUACCAGAAAUUACAGGCAAAGCUCAUCAUCAUCACACUGUGGUAGUGUAGCUGACGAACCAGAUACACGGUCUUCACCUGGCGCAAGUGUUAGAUAUGAGGAGAAUCCACCAGAUUGCACGUCCAGCGUCAACAAUCCGGUUAAAAACAACGGUUACGAACGGUCUGGAAAAGAUGAAAUAAUGGAACGCUUACCAACUGAUCAAGGAGCAGAAGACUUACGGAUUAAAAGCGAGAACGAAUAUCAUCCUGGUUACAACAACGCAUCACCGCCCGCAGUUUCCAUACCAUCGAGCAAUUACCACGAGAACCAGCAUGAGACUUCACCAGUACCGCCCAAGCCGAGCCCCGAUCUUUGGCCACCGAAGAUCAUCACGAGCAAAUCGGGCGGAAUCGCUACUGCUGACGGAAAGAAAUUAAAGUGUCCAUACUGCGAGAGACUAUACGGCUACGAGACGAAUCUGCGGGCUCACAUCCGACAGCGGCAUCAGGGCAUCCGGGUACCAUGUCCGCACUGCUCUCGGACGUUCACUCGCAACAACACUGUGCGGCGCCACAUCGCCCGCGAGCAUCGCCACCAGGUCACACCGCAUCCACAAGGACCUCUCCCCAACCACACCCAGUAA